CGGAAGCGUCCAAGUAUCGGCUGCACGUGGAGGAAGUAGGCAAGAUCACGAGUCUUCUUCUCGGUUUGAGUGGCAGAUUAGCUCGAGCUGAGAACGCUCUCUACGGAAUGCCGGCAGAACACGCGGAAAGGAAAAUACUCGAGAGCAAGAGGGAUAAGUUGAUGGAUCAACUCGAAGAAGCGAAGAUUCUGAAGAGUAAUAUCGACAAGCGUAGCGUGAACGUGUCGACGAUCCUGUCCAAGUACCUGAACGAGGAAGAAUUCGCGGAUUAUCAACACUUUAUCAACAUGAAGGCGAAACUGAUCGUGGACGGCCGGGAGAUUCAAGACAAGGUGAAGCUCGGGGAGGAGCAACUAGCCGCGCUGAGGGAAGCGAUCGAUUAGU